UGGUGGUGGUGGUGGUGGUGGUGGUGGUGGUGGCUGUGAUGAUGAUGAUGAUGAUGAUGAUGAUGAUAAUGGUGCUUAGGUGUGUUUUGUGAGGGAGAGGUGGAAGAGGAGGAGGAUAGGUAAAAGGAAAAAGGAAAAUGAGAGAGACGGGAGGAUGGAAGAGGAAAGAAGGAAGGAAGGAAGGAAGGAAGGAAUUGGGAGGAACGGAAGGCACCCAGGCAGGCACCCAGACAGGCAGGCAUCGGUUGUCGUUGUCCGUCCGUCGUCUUGUUGGGGGGUUGGGCUGCGCCUGCCGGGCCGGACCGUCAUCUGCGAGCGAGCGAGCGUCGGGGCCAGCCGUAGGUAAGCUAUCACUAAUCAAUCUUAUCGACUCAUCGCAUAUUGUGUGCAUCUAUCCGACGUCCCCGGAUGCUGCUUGCCUUGCCUUGCCUUGCCUUGCCUUGCUUUGCUUUGCUUUGCUUUACUUUGCUUUGCUUUGCUGCCUGCCUGCCUGCCUGCCUUUGAUCUCUCGCUGCCUGCCUGGGGACCUGGCUAUUGAUAUCCGCUUCUAUUCUUGGCUCCCCCAGUGCCCACCCCUCCCCCCCUCCCCCCUCCCCUCUUCCCGCCUUUCGCUUCCCGCAAACGGCAAAUGGUCAGGCCCAAGUCCACGUCCCACACACCGCUUGGCCCUCUGUGGGAAAUCCUUCUCGGCUGAUGACGCGCCUCGCUCCCUUCUCUCCACCCUUUUGACCUCCGCCCCCGGCUCAACUCGUUCCCACCGCCAGGGCCCCGGCUGGACCUUGUUCUUCCUUGGUCUGUUGACUGGUUGGUCAGCAGCCCGCCACGCCCCUCGACGUCGAUGACUGACGACGCCGUCGCCGCCUUCCGGCCCCAAUCGCCAACCCAUUGGCAACCGUGCCGCACCGCUUGCCGCAUCCGGCCCGCCUCCCGUCCCUGCACCCAAUCGCCCAGAACCGUCCCGCCGUUCCAUCCACUGGUGCUGCAGCCUGCACCGCCCCCUCCUCCCCGACC